ACGGCGGGGAGGCGGAGGUGGAGAGAUGCGGCCGCAGUCAGGAUGGGAGAGGACGCGUUGAGGAGGGAGCCCGCUCUCUAACCAUGGACAUCCUGCUGCUGAGCAGACUGCACGUUUUGGAAUAAGGACUUAAAAGACUUUGCAUAUUACUUUCUCUCUCUCUCUCUCUCUCUCUCUCUCUCUCUCUCUCUCUCUCUCUCUCCCUGCCUCUCUCUCCUUUUACUAAAGGCUUGUGUACAGGAUGUGGAAGAUCGCAGGAGGGGAAAGAAGAAACAUGACAUUUGCUGUAGAUUUCUGUAGUGAAAUAUGCGCUGAAGUCCUAAUGGGAUAUUUCUACAGAUUAUUUCCACACAUUUUACAUUUUUAAAAGUCAAACCUUGACUAAAAAAAAAAAAAAGACUCAAAAUGGAUUUCUUUAAUAGCUCCAGCCUGGAGGACGGGAUAGAGGCAGAAAAUAUCUCCUCUAAUUCCACCUCUCAGAGCCAGUACACCCAGCUCGCUAUCUGGGGUCUGGCCGGACUUGUCAGCUUUCUCAUUUUGUUUACAAUAGUCGGGAACGUCUUGGUUGUUAUCGCCGUUUUAACGAGCAGAGCUCUGAAGCCACCCCAGAAUCUUUUUCUCGUCUCCCUGGCCAGUGCGGACAUACUGGUGGCCACCCUGGUGAUGCCCUUUUCUCUGGCAAAUGAACUCAUGGGCUACUGGUUUUUUGGCAGAAUUUGGUGUGACAUCUACCUGGCUCUGGACGUUUUAUUCUGCACCUCUUCUAUUGUUCACCUGUGUGCUAUUAGUUUGGACAGGUACUGGUCGGUGACGCAGGCGGUAGAGUAUAACUUAAAGAGAACCCCUAAAAGAGUUAAAGGGAUGAUUGUGGUGGUGUGGUUGAUCUCAGCCGUCAUCUCCUUCCCACCGCUGAUAUCAAUGGACAGGAGCAGCAGUGAGGACAAUCCCCAGUGUAUCCUGAAUGAUGAGACCUGGUACAUCCUCUACUCCAGUAUUGGCUCAUUCUUUGCCCCCUGUGUCAUCAUGAUCUUGGUUUAUAUUCAGAUCUACCAAGUGGCAAAGACCAGGACCAGAACAAUGUCAGGGAAGAAGAGGGAUGUGGACUCGCCACAGGAGAAUGGGAUGGACCAAGCCGAACCAGGCAGAGGAGAGUCAUUAACAUCCAACAGGGGCGGGAGUAUGAAAGACCAGGAACGUGAGAAUGGGCACUGCCAAGAGCAGGCAGUUCAAUCCACUCUACCGAACGAGCCAAAACAUCCGCCGACAGACCACGAUGACGACUUCGACGAUAGCAGCUCGUCGGAUGAGAAACCUAAAAAACGUUCCAGUUCCUCCAAACAUCACCACGAGGACAGAAAAGACAGGAAAUCCAGCCGGAAAAGCAGCUCCGCGUCUAAAUACUCCAGCAGGAAGUCACGUGCCAGUUCCAAGUCUAUGGAGCUCUUCUCAUCUCGCCGUAAACGCCGGAGCACUGUCAAUCGGAAGAGGGUCUCCGCCGCUCGGGAGAAGCGCUUCACCUUCGUCCUCGCCGUCGUCAUGGGCGUUUUCGUCGUGUGCUGGUUCCCAUUCUUCUUCUCCUACAGCCUGUACGGAAUCUGCCGGGAGCCGUGCAAGAUUCCCGACACGCUGUUCAAGUUCUUUUUCUGGAUUGGCUACUGUAACAGCUCGCUAAACCCAGUCAUCUACACCAUCUUCAACCAGGACUUCCGCAGAGCCUUCCAGAAGAUCCUCUGUAAGUCAUGGAAACGCUCUUUCUGAAUGGUUCCUGCAUGGAUGAGGUUGUAAUAGACAUUUUUCCCUGCAGACACAAAUUUGAACUGUUCUGAGCUUGAUGGCCUGGAGGGGGGAUGAAGGGGUGCUUAACGGAUCAAAGGUUUGAACUAAGGUGCAGAAAAUAGGUUUAAAAUACAAGAGUGAGCUCUGAUAAUAUUCACAGGCUUUCAUUAUGCUUUGGCUCAUUCCCACGCCUCAUCUUCUCCCUUCAUUUAAAUACAAUAAACUGACUCUUACUGUUACUGUGAUGCAUGCACGCCACAGUGGCUAAACUUGCAUGAACUGCACAGGAGGCGAAAGGUUUACAGAGACACUUGAUUCAUAAUGUGACCUCAUUCACUGAAUACAAUGCGAAGGCCUUGACAAUCUCCACACAACCGUUGUUUGUGACGUUAGUGAUAUCUAUCUUCUCUCUUUGUCUCUUACUCCUUUUUUCUCAACCUUUCUAUUACGUCACACUCGCAACACGAGGACCAAUGGGACGAAGGGGCUCCUUGCUUACUGUUUCAGUAGCAAAACUGUUUCACUAAAAAAACAAACAAAAAAAGACUCAAAAACUGCAGUCAUAUUUCUCCUUUAGUGUUCUGUGUGAGGCUCAGAGGUGUCUAAACUGGAAACUGCAGUGGAAACUUUUUAUCAGGACGUGCGUUUUUUGUGAACUUGUACAUGUGGCUCGGACUCGGUCUGGAUACGAUGGCAUGUACAGUAGAGAGGCAUCGCGGGCAAUUUUCUCUCCCAGACAUGUGUUUGCACCUUCCUCUGAGAAAAUAGAUGGAACGCAGAAGUACUGUUGAGGCAGAGGGGCACCCCCUAAGGCUUUCACUGUGUGUGUGUGUGUGUGUGUGUGUGUGUGUGUGUGUAUUUGUGUGUGUGUUUGUGUGUGUGUGAGAUACAGAAAGAGAGGAUAAAGUGUAUAACGUGGAAUUGUGUUGUGAUGAAGUGAGCCAGAGAGUUUACCGCAUCUUAUCCCAACUGCUAGUUAGCGAUUGUCUGUCUGUGUGUGUGUGUGUGUGUGUGUGUGUGUGUGUGUGUGUGUGUGUGUGUGUGUGUGUGUGUGUGUGUGUGCGUAUAAGCCUGCUUUCUCAAAUGGCCUGAUUGUUUCUGGUCAAGUGUCUUUCUAUUCUCCUCCAUGCUAUUUUCUGUCACAUGUCUUUUCUCUCCCUUACAGCCACAAAAAGCACUUAGCCACAGUAAAACCAAACACCUUAUCACUCUGUUUUAAUGUCUGCUGCUCACACACGAACACACAUGCACAUUGUUAUUAUAUACACAGACAUAAAAAUGACUUAUACAGACAGUAUUUUCAUCUUUACAUUUCAAGCAUUUAUAGCCAAAAGGGCUAAUGCUUUUUCUUGUCGUGUAAAUAAUUGAAGACAGUACAGUAUUAUUGUGUGGUGCCUCAUAAUCACACAUGUAUCAAUAUGAUAAAAAUGUAUUGUUUGUAUAAUGAACAACACUCUGAAAGAUUUUCAUGUUACACCAACCUCUGUCCUUUUCUAAAAGAACAAGUGUUUACUUCUUUGCGUUGAGCACAUUCGAAAAGAUCAAAAAAAGAGAUUACUUCAACUGUCAUUUGAAAAUUGCAAGAGUGCAUGUCUGCAUUCUUUGUUACUGUUAAUAUUUUUAUAUAUUUUUUUACUGUUGUGCCACCGUUGUUUAUUUAUUACACGGAUGCUGCCACUGAUGUGACUCAGAACAUAUGACUAAUGAGCUCAAAGAAUGUGAUAAAAAUGGAAAUUAUAUCAACAAGAUUCAUCAUCAAAAUUCUAGGCUAGGUGAGUGGGAAACUGAAAUCAUGUGUUGAAUUCACAAUGUGCUUAGUUUAUCAAAACUGUAACGUUUCGUUCAUAGAUGUUUGUCAGGCUUCAAAUUCACAAUGUGAACCAACAACUACUUUAUAGCGGCGCCAAAGCUGGCAACAACCAAUCAAAACAGUAUUCAUAUUGGGAGCACAGGAGACAAUUACACCAGUGAUUCCCAAACGGGUACUUUUGCAGUUGGCAGGUGGUACAGUACAUGGAGAGAUUGUGGAGUAGCUAAGCUAACUAGAAAUUAUGAUUUGGUAAAACUCUUUAGUAUAUUUGUUACAAUCAGUAACCUUCCAGCGAUGAGAAGCCGACUGUCCAGCUUCUUCCACUUAAGUGGUAGUUGUAUGAAUGCAAACUUUACUUUAGACUUUAACUUUAGAACUUACUUGUUGUUAUCUCCCCCUCUCCACUAUUGAACUUCUUGUCUUGAUAAAAAUUACAUAAUUUGCAUUUCCUAUCAAGUGUUUGCAUUUUGUAUUUUAUGAAUCUUGACAAACAGUAUAUUGAUUAUCUAAUUUUAGGGAUUUUUUAAAUCUCAUCUCAUUUUGUAAUUGUUUAAGGUAUUUGUGAAAUGAGUCCUUUUUCUAUGACCAAAACGUUGCAGUGUCAAUAUACUCUGUGCUGACAGUGCAGGACCUUAACACUUGGAUUUGACUGUACACACACAAUUUUGAACUUGUGAAAAUCUUUUGAAAAUGAGGCUCAAAACAGAAAAUACUCAGAUAACAUUGCUAAGCUGCUUCCUAGACAGGCUGAACAGACAAAAUGAGACUUUACAGUGUACACACUAAUGUGAUCAAAGUCAGAAUCAGAACAAAGCUUCUGUAGGAUCACUGGUGUGAUUCUUGCUCUCCUUGCACAUUUCUUUCACAUCACACAAAACAGGGCUCAGAAAAUCUUGUAUUUUCUGCCCAGAGUUUGAUUUGGUUUACCAAAGAUCUACGCUGUUAUUUGAAUGACACAGCAGAAACAAACAGUUCCGGCUCUCCCACUGUCUGAGACCCUGUAUCCAAUGUUUUGUGUACUGACCACACUACAUGUGUACACUGUGUAGUAGCCAGGAGAGCUUUCACAAAGCCUGAUGGGUUGGUAGGAACACACUGUGUGGCUGCAUCUAAUUAAAUCAAAUGCCCCAGUUUCAUUUUUGUUUAUCAUGCAACUUCUCCACCUGUGUACUUCUAACAAGCAUCAAUAAAAGUUAAUGGAGAACUGAUACAAUACAGAAAAUCUUUCUAUCCUUCUGAAAUAAAAAUUGUUUCUGUGUUCA